AUGGAUUCACAGGAGGACUGGAUGAGCGAUGAGAGGGCCGCCGAGGAACCUGAAGUCGACCUGCUUGAGCCCGACGAGUGUGAGCCCGAGUCUGUUUACGUGACACUCCAUCGAGUGAGACGCCUGGUUCUCGCCAGUAUAGAUGAUCCGUACACGCUGGACCACUUCCGCCAGCCAAGUCUCAACGCACUCAUUGUCAGGCCCCUCGUCGACCGACUCUACGAAACGCAGAAUAUAUCCAUUGUGUACUGCCUCCUCGCCAACCGCGUCUUCUUCCUCAAGUCGCAGUCCGGACUCGCCACACAAAGCGUCAACCGAGCCCGCGCCACCCUCUGCGAGCUCGUGGCGACCCGUGUCAUUCGACGCUUCCACGAGGACAACCCCGGAAACGAGGGCCUCUUGCUCCUGGCCCAAAUCCUCGUUGAGGGGUUUGAUCCCUUUGACGGCGCGCCGUACGAGGUUGAGCGCGAGGGCCGCUACCUCCAAUGGCCCAUCCAGCGACGCGGCGGCCACGAGAGGAAGCUCACGGCGCUCGAGCUGGCCAUUCUCUCCGAGAGCAAGGCCUUCAUCAGCUCGGCCGCCUGCCAGCGGCUGGUCGAGGCCGUCCACAUGGGCAAGGUCGUCUACACGCCGCUGUCCUUCAUGGACAUCCUCCCCGACCACUACAAGCACCGUCCGAUCCAGCUCUACGACCCGCGGGAGUCGCGCAUCCUCAACCACCGGCGCCUCAUCGUGCCCCGGGUCCGCGCCCUCAUCGAAAUGGUGCAGUUCAUGGUCCUCGUCCUGCUGUACGUCAUGACCAUGACGAACCAGCAGGCCGCCUCGAGCCAGUGGGAGCUCGCCUUUGCCGUCUACACGGCGGGCUGGGUGCUGCAGGAGUUUGCGUCCGUCAUCGAGCACGGCUGGGAGCUGCACUCGCAGAGCCUCUGGUCCUUCCUCGACGUCACCUUUGUCGCCAUCUACGCCGCCUACGUCCUGGGCCGCGCCUACGACGUCCUGGCCGGCCGCCUGCCCAACGGCUACGGCCUGCACAUUCUCUGCGUGGCGGCGCCCGUCCUGCUCACGCGCAUCGCCUUCAACGUCAUGCCGCACAACAUUGUCUUCAUCUCGCUCCACGCCAUGAUGAGGGACUUUACGCUGCUGACCUUCCUGGCCGUGUGGUGCUUCCUGGGCUUCCUCCUCGCGCUGCUGUGGCUCUACGACGCCGGGCAGACGGACCAGACGUCGACGGCAGCGCCGCCGCCGGCGUGGCCAACCGUCGGCAAGUGGCUGCUCUGGAUCUGGUUCGGCCUCGACGGCACGGGCAUCGCCGAGUCGGUGCGCUUCAACAUUGUGCUCGGCCCCGCGCUCAUGAUCGCCUUUGCCUUCCUCGGCAACACGCUCUUCCUGACCAUCCUCGUGGCCAUCCUGACAAACACCUUUUCGCACAUUGUCGCCAACGAGGCCGCCGAGAUUCGCUUCCGCCGCACCGUCCUCACCUUCGAGGGCGUCAAGAGCGACUCGCUCUUCGCCUACCCGCCGCCCUUCAACAUGCUGGCCGUGCUGGCCGUGCUGCCGCUCAAGUUCUUCGUCUCGCCGCGCGUCUUCCACACCAUCAACGUCGCCGUCAUACGUGUGCUCAACGGGCCGCUCCUCGUGGCCAUUAGCAUCUUUGAGCGCCGCCGCCUGUGGGCCGCCGAGAACAAGCGCCACCGCCGGCGCUCGCCCGGCCUCUUGUUCGGCUGGCGCUUCACCGGCUUCUCGCCCCACGGCGACAUCCAGGGCGUCUUCACCGCGCCGCUGCCCGACGACGUCUCCGCGCGCAUCCACCUGCUCGACCCCGUCGACGACGUGCCCGUCUUGGAGGACGACGUCAUGUCCACCCUGUCCGGGGACGUGCCGAGGUCGCGGCUGCGGAGGCCCAAGCUGUGGGCCGGCCGGAGGGAGUAUCCGCGCGCGAGGCCGAGGAGGAGGUCGCCGUUGCGGUUUCAGGUGUGA